CAAAAACGGAAGCCAUGCAUUGCAUUCGAGACGAGGCUGCCCCAAACGCAUGCCCUAAUAUGCCAUAACACACCAAUGCGUCGACCGCGCGACCCAAGACGCAACAAGAAGCAGCGCCCGGUCGCCGCCCUCGCUGGGGCAGCAUUGAUCGUCGUCGUGUCGGUUCCCUACGUGGCCCUGCACCUGCCGCAGCAACGAACGCAGCGCACGGAAGCGACACCUAUCAUACCCGACGAGCUCCACGACCAGCCAUUCGCGAUUUAUGACUCUUUCGUAUCCGCCAAGGAUCGCUGCUCGACAGCGACAGUGAUAGCGCAGCUCGACGGCGGGCCGAGCCGCCGGCUCGCCGUGCUGCGCGCCGCGGGUUUAGAGGAAUGGAACAAUAAAAGACAGGAGCUGCGGCGGUCGCUCGACGGCUGCGAGGCCUGCGUGGCCGGGCGCAUGCGCGUGCGGCCGGCCGUGAAGGAGGCGGCCGCCGCGCACCUGGCGAAGCUGGGCGGUUUGCCGCAAAGUCUGGAGUGCGGCUUUGGCGAUGAGAGGUGGGUCGCCGCGGCGGAGCAUCUCGAGCGGAGUGCCAAUAAAGGACUCGAGCGGAAGGCCACGUUGAUCGUCGAGUGUCCCGUGCCGCGCGAUUUGAUGGAGGCGGCGUGCGCCGGGCGCUUGACGAUUGCGUUGAGAACGCCUGGUAGGUUGAGACCACACCCGGCGGUCCCGCUCCACGUGCAACGCCAGGCGACGCCAACGUUUUUAGGCGCGUGCCUCUGGGCGACGGGCGACGCGUUUGCGGAACGAUCCAAGCGCGUCGGCACCGCCACGGCUAAGAGUGAAGAGGAGGUGGCAACGUGGCUCGCGCUGCACGAGGUCGCGGGCGUCGAGCGCUUUCUGGUGUUUGAUAAUAGUAAAGGCGUCCACGCGCGAGCCUUGAAAGGGCAAUUCCAGUCGCCCCUCGACGCCGUCUACGCGCCCUUUAUUCAGAGAGGUAUGCUGGAGGUUGUCCCGUGGCCUGACGAGCGUUUUUUGGACGAGCGCGUCCAGGCCGCGACGGAGGGGAACCUGACCGCCCAAACCUUCUUCGGACGACCGUCGCAGUUCGCUGCUAUAAACAGCUGCCACCGGCGCAUGCUCGCACAAAGUGUCGAGUGGGUCUUACAUGCGGACGCGGACGAGUACGCUCUGCCAUCCGUCCCGAGCGAGUCGCUACAGGAUGUGCUGAGGAGGCAACCGCCAGCAACGGCCUACGCCAUGCCGUCGAUCUUCUACGCGCCCUGUGAAGGCUCGAACGAUGGGUUGAAAUCACUGACCUGCGCCGGCCGGGCCGUCAUGCACCGCCGGAAGAUCAUCGCGCAUGCACGUCAGGCGCGGCUCCUCCACCCGCACGGCGUGGCGAUUGGGGGAGAGGCUGCGGAGCUGGACCCAUCGAAAGACGCGCGCCUCGUCCACGCGCGGCGGGGCUACAGCUUCGAUGACGCGUACGUCGCGCGCGCGGUCAUGGGCACGCGGGAAGGCGGCGCGUCGAGGAGGGACACGGCUCGUUUUGACGAGCUCGUGCGGCCGCGCCUCGCGGGUCCCGGGACGGUGCCCUGCGUGGACGCGCCGGCGGGGCGCGUGACGUCAAAGGCGCUCCCUGGUGAAAGGCGCGUCGAGAUGUGGACGCGGCGCCGCGACGCCAUGGAGGUCUGCGACAGCGCGGACAAGAGUUGGAGGUGGUGCUGGUGCGUCGAUUCUGAUGUUGCGACGGCGUGGGCGCCGCGCGUCGAGGCGGCGCGGCGGCGGCUUUAUGGCUAA